AUGGCAGCAGGAGUGCGCUGGACUCGGCUGGCUUCUGCACCUCCGAGGACUACGAGUUUGUCGUGCUGUCCAGCCAGGCUGAAAUGCAGCUUCUCAACCAGCAGCUCGGUGGACACGCUGGAGUGCGCGACGAAGACGGCCGCCUCCGGGUCUCGCACGUUCAACUUCUGCCCCAAUUCUGCUCUGAACUGCCAAGUGACGCUCAGCGGCACACAUCCAGCCUUGACGGACUACUCCAGGAAAGACUGCUCCGUGUACUCCGUCUACUCCAAGCCUCCUGCUAAACCUGGCACAAAACGCUACGUGCUGAGCACCGGCAUCAUAGGCAACGGCACUCCAAGUUCGCUGGACUCAGCCGGUUUCUGCACCUCCGAGGGCUACGAGUUUGCCGUGGUGUCCAGCUUUGCAGAAAUGCAGCUCCUAAACCAGCAGCUUGGCGGAAAAACUGGAGCCAUCUGGACUCGAUGUUCUGGACCAUGUCUGGCUUGGCACCACCUGAACAUCUCGAUGUACUGGAGCGAUGGCACUCCCCUCAACGACUGCGAGAUCAAACUGAGCACCACCUCCGGACCCUGCAGGACGCAGGAGUGGUACGACGUCACAAUUCAUCCUAGGUCGUGUUCAGAAGGAACCAUACCUGUUAUAUGUCAGGUUUAUGACUGAGCGCUAGAUUGGUGCAUGGUGCACUCUGUGAAAUGAGUAGCUCAUUGUCCCAGUAGCGAUGAUUUGUUUUCUUUCGUGUGGGUAAUCGUGAGCCAGUUAAACCUGGCAAAAGGGUGUUAGUCUAUUUUCUCCUCCUGUUGUAGGUAAGAAAAUGGGUCAUAAUUUUGAAAGUAUGACCCAUUUAUUUUUCUGAUUAAAUGUGAAGGAUUACAACGUAAAAAACAUAAAUUUGAUUGCAAUGAAAGUGCGUAGAACAUUCUAAACGUUAAUGACAUGUGGAUAAUUGUCUAAUUGUAUUUGCACAUGAGUUCAUGGAUAAAAUUACAUAUGUAUGUCACUUGUGAAAUAAGAUAUUGAUUCUCUGCGACGUGACUCAUCAUUUUAUUCGUUAAUAUAAACCUGCUACUAGCCUUUAAACCUAUAGAUACUGGAUGAUCGAAAUGAUUCGGUUUAUAAAUCUUCCUUUUCCUUGCCAUUAAAUGUUGGUCUGAAUUAGAGAAGGUUUAAGGUAAAGCAAGGAGUCCCACUUCAUGUGUAAUUUUGAGUAGUUAUACUCUAUUAAUGGUUGGUCGCUAAGACGAUUAAUAAAUUUUGAGUUGUUAUACUCUAUUAAUGGUAGGUUACUUAGAUGUACAAUAGAAACAGCAAACAAGGCAAAAGUUUAUGUACACUGUACAAGCUCUGAAUACUGCAUUCCACAAGCAUCUACAUUUCACGAAUGUUUUUCCUUUUUGAAUUAUAUCUUAAUAAUACAAAUUAAGCUCUUACUGUAUAAAUUAAGCUCUUAAGCUCCUACUGUGGGAAAUAUAGUGUCCCACCAUAUGGAGAAUACACCGAUCUAUUUUUCUGAGUGAUCGGGCUGUGACCAUGCAUUUGUGUUGUUCCGUCACAAGCCUCAGGCAAGCGCAGGCGUCGCUCUCUGUCAACUAAAAACGUCUCGCCGGGAGCCAUGUUAUGAAGGCCCAAGAGUCUGUUGUAUUUUAAGCAUCGCAGCACAAGUUUACUUAUUAUUAUA